GGUGAGUUCGAUCCCAUAGCGAAGAAACCCCUUCAGUAUGGAGGACCUAAUGACGAAAUCCUGCUGAACAACAUGAAGAAAAACCGAGAAAGGUUCUCCAGCAAGGAAAGAGAAUUCGUGUACAAAUUCCAGAUAGGAAGUGAGCGCUUAGAACUGAGAGUGCCCCUCAGGUUUCCCGUGGACGAGAAUGCCAGUCAUCUGCAUGGACGUCUGAUGCUGCUGCACAGUUUGCCCUGCUUCAUAGAGAAUGACUUAAAAGAAGCUCUGGCCCGGUUUAUAGAAGAAGAGUCCCUCAGAGACCAUGACAGCGAUGCAGAAGCAUGCUUGGAGGCGGUUAAGUCUGGUGAGGUAGAUCUACACCAGCUGGCGAGUACAUGGGCCAAAGCGUAUGCUGAGACAACCCUAGAGCAUGCGAGACCUGAGGAGCCUAACUGGGAUGAAGACUUUGCAGAUGUGUACCAUGACCUAAUCCAUUCUCCGGCCUCUGAGACUCUCUUAAAUCUGGAACACAAUUACUUUGUUAGCAUCUCAGAAUUGAUUGGCGAAAGAGAUGUGGAGCUGAAAAAGUUACGAGAGAGACAAGGCAUUGAAAUGGAAAAGGUGAUGCAGGAACUGGGGAAGUCGCUCACAGAUCAAGAUGUGAACUCACUGGCUGCCCAGCACUUUGAAUCCCAGCAGGACUUAGAGAAUAAAUGGUCAAACGAACUGAAACAGUCUACAGCUAUCCAGAAGCAAGAAUAUCAGGAAUGGGUGAUAAAGCUUCAUCAGGACCUAAAAAACCCCAACAACAGCUCCCUCAGUGAAGAAAUUAAAGUGCAGCCGAGUCAGUUCAGGGAAUCUGCGGACGCCGCUGGAAGGAUCUAUGAGGAGCAGAGGAAGCUGGAAGAAAGCUUCACCAUUCACCUGGGAGCCCAGUUGAAGACCAUGCACAAUCUGCGGUUGCUGAGGGCAGACAUGCUGGACUUCUGUAAGCACAAGAGAACGCAGGGGAGCGGCGUGAAGCUCCACCGGCUCCAGACGGCACUGUCCCUUUACUCCACGUCCCUCUGUGGCCUGGUUUUACUAGUAGACAAUCGGAUUAAUUCAUAUAGCGGCAUCAAAAGAGAUUUUGCCACAGUUUGCCAAGAAUGCACGGACUUCCACUUCCCGCGGAUUGAGGAGCAACUGGAGGUUGUCCAGCAGGUGGCGCUGUACGCACGAACCCAGCGCAGGAGCAAGUGCAAGGAGGCACGCGAUUCUGGAAACCAAAAUGGAGGAAGUGAUGAGAAAUCUAAGAAUGCUGAGAGAAACUAUUUAAAUAUUUUACCAGGAGAAUUUUAUAUUACACGUCAUUCUAAUCUCUCGGAAAUCCACGUUGCUUUCCAUCUCUGUGUGGAUGACAACGUGAAGUCAGGAAACAUCACUGCUCGGGAUCCCGCUAUUAUGGGACUCCGAAAUAUACUCAAGGUUUGCUGUACCCACGAUAUCACAACGAUAAGCAUCCCUCUCUUGCUGGUGCAUGAUAUGUCAGAGGAAAUGACUAUACCUUGGUGCUUAAGGAGAGCUGAACUGGUGUUUAAGUGUGUCAAAGGUUUCAUGAUGGAGAUGGCUUCAUGGGAUGGAGGAAUUUCUCGGACAGUGCAAUUUCUGGUACCACAGAGCAUUUCUGAAGAAAUGUUUUAUCAGCUGAGUAACAUGCUCCCACAGAUCUUCCGGGUCUCCUCAACACUCACUCUGACAUCCAAGCACUAAACCAUACACUGACACACUGACUGACAGAAGAGGAUUUCUGAACUCCUGGAAUCCUGUUGAGCGGAAGGUGCCUGGUGGGCCCUGAGCCCCCUGUUAAUGAUGAUGUACGUAUCUAACAUUCCAAAAUGUGUCUGCUUCACAGACCAGAAGCAGCUCCCAGUGAGCUCUUACUCAGUCCUUUGUGGAAUAAUAGCUCUUCUUUCUACCUAUAUGUCCUAUCAGGGGAUGAUGAUGCUAACACUUAAAGUGUUUCUCAAACACGGACACUUGUAUGCCAUUGCGUUUCCAUGGAGACUUCUGGUUUUUCCAAGGCAUGAGUUCUGUAUUAGGAACAGGCAUAAUCGGGCAUACGAGUACAAUCUUCCUUCUACUUUAUCUGUCAAAUCAAAAUUUAAAUAUACAUUUCAGUGUAAGUUUCUUAUGAAAAUGUUUUUGUAGUUGGUAAAUAUACCAGACAAAUGUGCAUGUUGUUUUAAAUUCUCCUGUUUCAAAGCCUGGCUUUUAAUCAUCUCUUUCUAAGGUUGUAUAAGUUAGAGUCAGAGAAGGCUUUGAAUUCUUUACCCCUGUUUCACCUUCCCUCUGUGACCUUGCCCAUGUCUAUUAAUAACAUUUCAUGGGCCGGGAAAAUAGUGUUCUUUUUUGUCGGCCUGAUGUAAGUUAGUGUAAACCCACGCCUGGUAGCGUUCUGGUGUCUGCAACACUGACCAACGGCUCGAUUUUAUUUCUCCAUCCCCUGGAGUCCCUGUCCCCAUUCCUCCCCUCAUCUCCAUGACAGAAACGGCUUUCAGGUCUCUGACUCUGAUCUCCGAUGUUUGUUCUCCUUUGUCCAACUUGGUUUUGGGGCACUCUCUCCUCAUGGGCUGCUCAUCAUGGAACCCAUGUGUAUUGCUAAGAGCAGUGACUACUACAGCAGCGCACAGACAUCCAUAAAAGCUGAGGUCUCUUCACAUCCAGGUAAUUCGGUGUUGGUAUUGCACAGUAGGAUGAAAUAUGAAGUCUUUGGUGUCAUAAUAAAGUGGUAUUUCUUGAUGUGAAGAAAACAAGCACAGUAAUCUCUUAGUAUGGCAGAGUGUCAGAACUGUGGUAGACUCUCUGAUGGUGGACAGAAUACUUUCCCAUGGAGGGAUCUCCUGAUUUUCUACUCAAGGAAGAGAUGGAACCCAGUCCACACUGACCAUUAAAUAUGAAUUUUUCCAAGUUCUCUGCCAAGGGCUUGGUACUGCUUUUGGAGAUUCCACAUUUCCUGGAAGAAAUGGUCUUUCAAGCACCAUUGCUCUCAUUAGAAUUAAUUCUGGUGCAGGGCAGAUGGCUAGAAACCAGAGAUGGACAGGUCAGGAUUAGACCGUUUCUAUUAAACUGGUAGGCUUAGCUGGGGUGUGAAUACAGUGGGAUCAAUAAAAGGCACUCUGAGCCAGGGGCGUACCAGGAGUGGGAGGAUUCAAAAGGAGGCCUUAGGAUCUUUCUACAGAUGCUGUGGGGCUGAAACAUUUUAGGGGCACACCAGCAGAUUGAACUGUGGUGUGUAGAGGGAAUCUCUUAUGUCUGUUUGGAAGCUUCACCUGUCAAAUAAAGCCGAUUGGCUGGUAGCUGAGGCAGGGAAUUCUGGUAAGCAGUAAGGACUCUGGGCCAGAGGGUGGGUGGGAUUCUCCUGGGAACAUGGAGGACAGCGGAAGCCUGGGAGCUGAGCAGAGGUAAGCAGCCACAUGGCAGACUUAGAUUAGAAUAAAUGGGUUAUUAAGUUAGAAUCUAGGGACCCAACCAAGGCUUGUGGCCAAGGUGUUUGUGAACAUAAUUGUAACUCAGAGUCUUUAUUUCUGGGAACAGGGUUGUGGGGAACCACAUCUCAACAGCUGCAUCCAGCUGUCAGAGUGCUGGGGCUGUCAGAGUCCAGGGGGGUUGAUGAAUGCUGCUGACCAGUUUUCGUUGUCACCCCAAGGCUGCUUUACCAAGUCACUUAUAAAUGGGGCCUUCACUGAAUGACAAUAUAAAGUAAAACUUGACCUGUAAAAUCAAGGCAAAUGUAUUGAGUAUCCAGUUUUCAGUUAGUGCUGUAUUAUACAGUAUACAUCAGUGAUAAGAUUGGAGAAAACAUUCCUACAAUGUUAGAUGUCACUGAUGAAAACACACCCAAAACUUGCAUCACAAUUGUAAUUAAAACAUGGUUGCAUAUA